AUGGCCACUUCCGAUGUGGUAAUGGAAGCAGACAGCGGAUUUGUGCGCAACGUACGGUCUCCUGGCUUAUCAGAUCUCGUCAUAAGGGUUAACGGGAGAGAUGUAAACGAAUAUGAGGAAAAACGGGAUGAAAUGAUUGGAGAAGGCUUGUUCUCUUUCGAUGAAGAUAUAGUACCAGAAAAAGAAACGGGUAAUUUAAACGAGGGGUCUGCAAUGUUAGAUCUAUUUUAUGAUGUUCAUUCUAGUGAUUCUGGUAAUUUUGAUAUGUCUCAGGGGCAUUUGGCAUUUAGUGAAGAUAGUGCGGAUAUGGUUGUUAGAGUAAGGCAUCCUGAAAAUCCAUGGAUUGAGGAGAAAGAUGUUCGUUCAAGCUCAGAGGAACUGGAAGAAGAUGAAGAAUCGAAACCAAUCCAAAAAAAGGGCUCUUUGGCAUAUGGCUGCUCGCUUCCAAUAACGAUUCCUUCAGGUCGUUUUUGGCCACCACGCGAUGCUGUUGAGAGCAUUGAAGGCAAGGAGAUCCUUGAUUUUGGUGAAAACCGUAAACUGAUUGACAAAACUAUUUUGCCUCAGCGUCCACCAAGGGAUCUCUAUAGUGAGAUCCGUGCCCAGGCUCGUUCAAUUCAGGCGGCUGACGAUCCAGAGCGUUUAUUUGGCGAGCGUCCAUCACGACGUCGUUAUCAAACGGGUGAAGGAUGGAUCACAUCUCAGGUAACUGCGCCGCUACAGACGUACACUGAGGGUACUGAUGCUAGGGUUACUGCUGACGUAGAAGAACAAAUGUCUUAUUAA